AUGGGUUCCGGCGCCCACGCGGAAUUCGCGUUGCCAAAACGCGAUCACGAGUCGAUCCGGGACGUGCCCGACCUUGAUGACGAGAUGUCUAUCGGCGAUCAGUCCAGCGAGCAGCAGAGCACGGACGAUGCUAGCCCUAUACUAACGGAUCUAGAACUCGACGAGGGUCCCAAAACCACAGGCGUGUACUAUGAUGAUACAACGUCUACCUAUGCGCGCAGCCAUUUCCCUGCAUCGGUGACAGACCACGGGUUCCAUAGAAGAUUUGACGAUGAUGCUACUGUUAAUUCGAAUCGCUCCAUCGCCCCUGCAGAGGUGGAAUACGUAUGGGAAAAUGGGAGACGCUAUACCGGAUCUUACUUUAUGCCAAACGACAAAGAGGAGCAAACGCGUCUGCUGCUAGUUAGUGAAUGCUACAGGAGCGCUUUCGGGGAGGAGCCAACGACUGUGACCUUGGAGAAUCCUACCUCCAUACUGGAUAUUGGCACUGGAACCGGAGAAUGGGCUAUGGACAUGGCCGAACGAUAUCCCGACUGCGAAGUCACUGGAACUGACAUUGCAGAUAUUUUCCCCAAGUACGCCGGACAGAACCUCUUUUGGGAAAUAGACAAUGCCGAGCUGGAAUGGCUGCGUCCUCCUGAUUCCUACGACCUGGUCCACCUUCGAAACAUGGAUGGCGCCUUCAAGGAUUGGCCUUUUGUGUACGAGCAAGCAUUCAAGGUUUGCAAGCCGGGAGGCUGGAUAGAAGUCAUGGAUUACGAUCUAUGGCAUUCCGACAACUACCUCGCUCAUGUUCCCCCCGAGUCUGGCGUCCACCGUUGUGCAAGGGAUUGGAAAGAAGCUGCAAUGGAGUCGGGGUACACGAUUGAGAACCACCACCUCAAGUCGGAAUUGCUCGCAGCCGCAGGUUUUGUGGACGUUGAGAUGAUGGAAAGUGAUAUGCCAAUCAACCCAAAGAAGUUAUCCUCUGGUCAUUUGCUCAUGAAGGCGAUAUUGGAUGGCCUCGAGGCCCAUGCUCUCAGACUGCUCACUUCAAGGAAGGGCUACACGGCCGAAGAGCUUCGGCGGGAGAUCAAGGAGUUCCGCAAAGUAUUCACCAACAUCGCCUUGGACAACAAAAAAUCCAGAACAUUCAAUAUGAAGAUGAAGGCCAUGAGAGGAAGAAAGCCGCUGGACUCGGAACCCCCGAAUGUACCAGUCUACGCGCACGAUGCGCACGAAGCAAGGGUUGUCAUACCACAGAACCCAAACGUGGAAGAGGACCCCGUUGCAUUCGCUGUAGGAGGCAACGCGAAUGCACCGGCUCCAAUAUAG